AUGCCUAUCUCGACAUUUCUUGCGGCUGGUCUUCUUGCACUCCAGGUCCAUGCUUUGCCUGGACGCGAUACCCCCGCGCUCCUGCGUCGCGCCUGUCCUGACUACACCACUUACGCAUCUACACCGCAUGCUCCUUAUAGUAGUGGUCCCCUACAUCUACCAUAUCAACGACCUACGGAGGCAUGCCGUACUUUCUCAUCAGCCUCCGUGGAGAAGGUCAUUGAAGAUGUAACAUCGCGUCUUGUCGAUCCCGACCUCGCGCAGCUGUUCCGCAAUACUUAUCCCAAUACCCUCGAUACGACAAUUCGAUGGCACGUCAAUGGGACAAGUACCAGUGCCUCAGCCCGUCGAAACAACAAGCGUGAUACAUCAGACUGGAGCGGCUUACAGACCUUCAUCGUGACCGGUGAUAUCAACGCAGAAUGGCUCCGGGACUCAACUAAUCAGCUUAUGAAUUAUCAGCUCCUCGCGACUAAUGAUACUGGUCUUUAUAACUUGAUUCUGGGCGCGAUACGCACCCAAGCUGAGUUUGUUAUUCGAUCCCCUUUCUGCGAGGCAUUCCAGGCUCCAUCUGUCAGCGGUAUUGCACCUGAGAAUAACACCGAGGUCGAUACUGUGCAUCCAGGAUACGAUAAAUCGUUCGUAUAUGAGUGCAAGUAUGAGCUUGACUCGCUUGCUCAUUUCCUGAAAUUGGGAAGAACUUUCUGGGAGAAUACUGGCUCAACAGAGUUCUUGACAGAUCGUUGGUUCACGGCGCUGCAGACUGUUCUGAAGGUUAUCGAUGCAGAGUCACAGCCUACGUUUAACUCGAAGAACCUCUUUGUUGAGAACGAGUAUACCUUCCAGCGAUUGACUACACUUGGCACUGAGACCCUGACCCUUUCGGGUGAGGGCAACCCACUAAAUAGCAGAACUGGUCUCAUUCGCAGUGCUUUCCGGCCUAGCGAUGACGCUACAAUUUUCGGAUACUUCAUUCCUCCUAAUGCGAUGAUGUCCGUGGAGUUGCAGCGUAUUGCUAAGGUUUUGGAGGCGUUCGGUGGUCAUGAUGACCUUGCCUCGCAACUGCAGGGCCGUGGUGAGAAGCUCGCUGCUGCUGUUCGGGAGCAUGGCAUUGUCACCAAUGGCAAGUACGGCGAGGUCUAUGCGUUUGAGGUUGAUGGAUAUGGGUCGCGGACUAUCAUGGAUGAUGCCAAUGUCCCAUCGCUGCUUUCAUUGCCAUACCUGGGCUUCCUCAACCAGACCGACGAGAUCUAUCAAAAUACCCGCAAGAUGAUUACUGACAAGUUGGGCAAUCCUUAUUACUUGGAAGGUCCUGCUUUCCACGGCAUCGGUGGUCCUCACAUUGGUCUCCAGAACGCUUGGCCCAUGUCACUGCUCAUUCAAGCUCAGACCUCUGAUAACGACACUGAAAUCAUGGAGUGCAUCCAUCUCGUCCGCAACUCGAGCUUGCUUGGUCUUAUUCACGAGUCUAUCAACGUUACUAAUGUCAAGGACUAUACUCGACCGUGGUUCUCGUGGGCUAACUCGGUCUUUGGCCAGACCAUUCUGAAGGUUGCUGCUGAGAAGCCGUACUUGAUCUUUGGAGAGGGUGCAGAGCCUUACACUGUUUCUUAA